UGUUCGUUGAGCCGUGUUUUGUCGCGGUUUUGGUGUUUUUUUGUUCAAAAACAUAACCACACUGCGCCAAACGAACUGAAAAAGAACUACAACUCCCCCAAGUCCAGAGGAAUGGAUGGUCUCUUCUGUUUCCCAUCCCCCCCAUAUCCCACCGACACCACUUCCAUCAGCUACCCGCAAUCUUCAUUCAGAGGCGGAGAGUCCGGUCACAACAACAGCCUACCUCUUCUGGUAGUCUACCGUCUUACAGAAUUGGAGGCAGCUGUUGGGACAGACCAGCCAUCCGAUCGGGCUACUCUACCUAGCCAGGACUGUUCCGAGCACUGACAACUAACAAAGACCUACGAAAUUGUACAUAUGCGGAACCCCUGACCGUUGCAAAUGUGCCCACAAAAGAGGACAACUGAAAGAAGAUGUGCUAUUUUUAAAUUUUGAUUGUUGAGCUCAGUAACAAUCACCUUUUUAUUUGUUGUCGUGUCGCUGCGUUGAUUGCAGCACCUAAAGAACACUCGUAAACACACGUUUACAUCGGCGAAUGUUAGGUAGAUAUCUACGGCAGAGAGCCUCGAUAUAUCGAUUUCCACCGCAGUGUGUUGGCAUGCUAUUAUAAUAUAAUGGCAUUAGUGGCGAUGACUAUAUCAGUCCCUAACCGUUGGAGGACCAGAGGCCAAUGCAAAUGAAACAUGCUAUCAGCCAGAGUGCUCAUAAUCUCCUUGCCUUCACUAACAGGGCUAUCCCUCAGCUUCAGUGCAGAGCCCUGUUGUUGUCGUAGUAGUAGCAUCAGUAGCAGUAGAGACUGGUGUGGCUGCAUUACUAGCACACUCAUAUAAAAAACAAACAAACAAACAAACAAACAAACAACAACAAGAGCAUUUUAAAGCUCUCUCUAGUCUGACACCCCAAAGCCAUGACGUCCUCUGACAACGAGGAGACGGGCAGUGACAUAUCGGAGUCCCUGGGUGCCGAGGAGUUCCAGGGGCAGUAUGGUGGCGUUGGCGAUGGCGAUGGGGGCGACGCCGCCAACUACAAGUCCAAGAGCUUGCCCAUCCUGAACGGCGGCUUGCCGGCGGGCGAGCGGGAGGCGCUGGACCCACGCAUGGUGUGCACCACCCAGACCUCCAUCAACGCGGACCAGAGCUCAGUAGCCAGCGAGCUGCAGCAGCGUGCGGACUCCAGCCUGGCCGAGUCCCCGUCGCACGGCACCGGCACCGACUUCUCCCCGUCCGCCUCCAGCAUGGUGGGCCUGAGCGGCUCGCUGCGGGUCGACGCCAACCGGGCCGGCGGAGCGCCCGGCGCCAAGAAGCUGGGCUUCUCGCUGGCCCGGCUGGUGCGCUUCCCCGCCCGCAAGAUCGUGCGGAAGAUCCUGGCCGACUCGCGCUGCUUCCUGUUCUGCAUGUGCUACUUGACCUUCAUCCAGUCGCUGAUGGUGUCCGGCUACCUCAGCAGCGUCAUCACCACCAUCGAGAAGCGCUACAGCCUGCGGAGCUCCGAGUCCGGCCUGCUGGUCUCCUGCUUCGACAUAGGCAGCCUGCUGGUCGUGGUGUUCAUCAGCUACUUCGGCGGCAGGGGACAGCGCCCCCGGUGGCUGGCGGUGGGCGGCGUCUUCAUCGCGGUGGGGGCGGCGCUCUUCUCGCUGCCCCACUUCAUCUCGCCGCCCUACCAGAUCCAGGAGGUGAACUCGUCCACGGGGAACGAGGGCCUGUGCAUGAACGUGAACGGGAGCGGGGGGCGCGAGGCCAUGGACAUGGGGCAGUGCCCGCGCGACCAGGAGGGCAACGAGCACUCGGUCUACGUGGCGCUCUUCAUCUGCGCCCAGAUCCUGGUGGGCAUGGGCUCCACGCCCAUCUACACACUGGGGCCCACCUACCUGGACGACAACGUCAAGAAGGAGAACGCGUCUCUCUACCUCGCCAUCAUGUACGUGAUGGGUGCGCUGGGUCCGGCGGCGGGGUACCUUUUGGGGGGCGUCCUGAUCGGCUUCUACGUGGACCCCAAAACCGUCGUCAACAUCGACCAGAGUGACCCGCGCUUCGUUGGCAACUGGUGGAGUGGUUUCCUGUUGUGUGCGAUCGCGAUGCUCCUGGUGAUCUUCCCGAUGUUUACGUUCCCCAAGAAGCUCCCGCCUCGCCACAAGAAGAAGAGGAAGAGGAAGAAGAAGCUGGGGGGCGGGGCCGAGGAGGAGUCCAGCGAUGAUGAGGUCAGCAAGGAGAAGGCCAAUAGCAAGGGCCAGACCGUCACCUCGUCCAUGGGCUUCGGGAAGGACAUCAAAGAUAUGCCGAAGGCGGCGAUUCGCAUCCUGAGCAACAUGACGUUCCUGUUCGUGAGUCUGUCGUACACGGCCGAGAGCGCCAUCGUCACCGCCUUCAUCACCUUCAUCCCCAAGUUCAUAGAGUCCCAGUUUGGCAUCCCCGCCUCCAACGCCAGCAUCUACACCGGUGUGAUCAUCGUGCCCAGUGCGGGCGUGGGCAUCGUGCUGGGUGGCUACAUCAUUAAGAAGCUAAAGCUGGGUGCGCGUGAGUCUGCUAAGUUAGCCAUGAUCUGCAGUGGGGUGUCGCUACUCUGCUUCUCAACGCUCUUCAUCGUGGGCUGCGAGAGCAUCAACCUGGGAGGCAUCAACAUCCCCUACACCACCGGGCCCACCCUUACCAUGACGCAUCGGAACCUGACGGGCAGCUGCAACGUGAACUGCGGCUGCAAGAUCCACGAGUACGCUCCGGUGUGCGGCUCCGACGGCAUCACCUACUUUAACCCCUGCCUGGCCGGAUGCAGCACCGUGGGCAACGACAGCGCCGGGAUCCGCAACUACACGGACUGUGCGUGUGUCCAGAGUCGUCAGGUGAUCACCCCCCCCUCGGCGGGCGGCUCGGGCCAUCAGCUGCAGCUGGUGAUCGUCAAGACCUACCUGAACGAGAACGGCUUCGCCACCUCUGGGAAGUGCGACCGCACCUGCAACACGCUCAUCCCCUUCCUCAUCUUCCUCUUCAUCGUCACGCUCAUCACCGCCUGCGCACAGCCCUCCGCUAUCAUCGUCACACUCAGGUCUGUGGAUGAGCAGGAGAGGCCGUUUGCUCUGGGCAUGCAGUUCGUGCUGCUAAGAACUCUGGCCUACAUCCCGACUCCCAUCUACUUCGGUGCGGUGAUCGACACCACGUGCAUGCUGUGGCAGCAGGAUUGCGGCGUGCACGGCUCGUGCUGGGAGUACGACGUGACCUCCUUCCGCUUCGUCUACUUCGGCCUGGCCGCCUCGCUCAAGUUCGUGGGCUUCGUCUUCAUCUUCCUCACCUGGUACUCCAUCAAGUACAAGGAGGAGCGCCGCGCGCGCUGGCUGCAGUCCCUCGGCCCGCCACUGGGGGGCACCGUCAGCGACAUGGUGUGCCACGCCGGCGGACGCAAGAGCCACGCGCGCACCCGCUCCUGCCCCAUCUUCCUGCCGCGGCCCGGCGGCGACGGACCCUGCGGAGCCAUGGCGACCUGCGGAGUGGUGGCGGUGGCCGGGUUACCGCACUCGUCGACACACCACCUGCACCUGCACCCGCACCACCCGCACCACCUUCAUCACCACCACCACCAUCAUCAUCAUCAUCAUCAUCCUCACCACCUGCACCCGGCCUACCCCCCCGCCCCCGGACCCCUGCUGGGCACAAACAGCUGCCCCGGCAACGCCCUCAAAGCAAUAGCUCCGCCCCCGCGCCCUCUAACUCCGCCCACUCGCUCGCUGCAGGAGGUAGCUGCUGCCAUACCGGUCUGAGGACACACAUGAACAUGCACGCACACGCACACACACACACACAC